AUGUUGAAGGCCCUGAGUGAGCUGCCAGAGCCAGUGCAGAAUGUGGUGAACGAGAAUGCGCUGUUGCCCGCUCCCGAUCAAAACCUGGGCCAUUACGACAUGGGCACUGUCGGUGCUCUCCUGGCAUCGUAUACCAAAAUUCUCUUCGUCAGACACCCUCUCCAACGUCUCCUGUCUGCUUAUCGUCAUCAGCGCCAAGGGGCCGAAACCUUUGAAGGUUUUGUCCUCCGUACCUUGAGUCAGAUGUCAUUACCAGCUGCCCAGCGGGAGCCCCUCGUUAAACUGUGCCAACCGUGUCUCAUCCGGUACGACUACAUUGUGGCGCCCGAGCACCUCAACCAGGAGGUGAGGCACCUCUUGCGUCGGAUGGGCGUCCCGGAGGGAGUGGAGACACCUGAGCUCCAGGAGCCAGAUGAUGGGCUGAUGUCCCAGGGGUACACCCACCAGCUGCCAACUCAUGGCGCGGCCAAGUUAUUUCGCUUUUACCGCGGCGAUUUUGCGGCCUUCAAUUUCACCGAGCCUUGGUCCUUGAGCUAAACAGCCUGCCAUAAAGGACAAUGCACGAGAAACUGGCCGCGUUAACAUCCUGUGAAUGGGGAGGGUUGGGUCCGUGGUAACAAGUUGCAAAUGGAGGGACAGUUAACUUCUUCCCUGGCCAGCCUGCUCUACACCUGACAUCUCUCUGCCGGCACCUGAGCUGAGUGGUGCUUGACUCGCUGAAGCAGACUUACUUCUGUCUGACCAAGGAAAAUGCCGGUCCGAUGCCAACGCAGGAAGCCUGAGUUCACCUGAUGCCUUAUCCACCAUUCCUCUACAAGCCAACAUCAUCAGAAAGAAAGGCAACCACAGCCAACGGGAUUCUCAGUGUUUUGGGACAUUGAUAGUCCAGGAUGUACAUUUGUGUAGAAAGGACUCACUGGAUUUGGAUGGAGAAUGUCUCUAGAAGUGGUCAUGCUGAACUUCUAUUUUGAUGUACGCAAGAUGAGUCAGACACAGUUUGUACCAUUCGGACGUUUGACCAAUCUUUCUUGGAAAACUGGAGAGUUAAGUUAGGAGGGUUCUGCACGGGUGGCCGAUGUGAUUUCUGGUAGGCUGGGCAGAGACUUCCAUGUGUAUUGUAAAGUGUGUCGAAAAUUGCCAUGCGACCAAAGGCGCAAAUGUCAUUGACAUUAGCACGUGCCAGGGCACCGAAUGGCUGUUUGAUGACUGAAUGCCAUCAUCCACAGAAUUCAUUUGGCUGGUUCUUGUGAUAACAGGCUAAGUGAAUAAAGCCUGUGUUCUGUGCAAUUUAGAAAAGUUGAGGUGGCACCUGAAAUGAA